AUGCAAUCUUCAUUUAUCCCCAAUUUCUAUCAUAUAACUGAUGAAGAAUUAGGAAAUACUAACUAUGAUAUAUAUCAAUCACUUCUUGAUGGGAUACCUGAUGAUCAUCCUGGAUAUCCAUCAGAUUGUUUUCUAUUUGUUGCUGCAAAACUAUUCAAUAUGAAUCGUGCUGAUUGGGAAAGGAUUUCAAGUUUUUGUCUUAAUUCAAAUGGUCUUUUUGAUCGUCAUAGUUUUCUUAUUUUUCUUAAAAUUGCUGCUGUUCAACAGGCAAAUUCUGAAAUAAAUGAAGUUAAUUUGAAAGGUAAUUUUCCAUUACCUAAAUAUUUAGAAGAGGAUUGGAAAAUACCACAAGAUCGUCUUCAAAUAUACCAAUCUAUUUUUGAUGCUAAAAAUAAAAAUGGUGGAAAGAUAACAAAAGAAGAUGUUUAUCAAACAUCAAAGAUAAGAACAUUUAUGAUCCCAAAAUGUUGUGAAGAUUAUUUUCAUUUAACAGAUUUUGAUAAAGAUGGUUAUCAUGAUUUUUCUGAAUUUGUUGCAAUUAUGGAACUUAUUCACAAAACAUUAACAAUGCCAAAUCAAGAUAUUCAAGAUAAUGUGCAAAGUUAUUUAAUUUCAAAUUCAAAAGUUUUUCCUUUUAAAGUAAUAUGGGAUAAUUUAAGAAAUAGUGGUUUUAACAAAGAAACAUAUGAGACAAAAUUAACUGCUUUUGUUCCAGGAAUAAGAGCAAUUCCUAUUGGUGACCCAACAGCUGAAUAUCAAGAAAAAAAAAUGACAUUAAAUUGUCAAAAUGUUGAAUUAUCCAGAACAGCAGCACAGUUGAAAAAAGAUGGUGAUUUAUAUAAAAUUCAAUUAAAUGAACAUUUUCAAAAAAUUGAAGAAGCUGUUAAGAAACGUGAUGGUGUGAAGCUACGUAGUAAUGAAUUAAAAAAUCAAAUUCGUAAUCUUGAACAACGACAAAAAGAUGGUAAAUCAUUAGUAGAGGAAAAAAAAGAACAUCUUGAAAAUUUAAAAAAAAGUUAUGAAAAACAAAAAGAACAUCUUGAGACAGAAAAAGUUGAUUUAUUAAGAAUGCGCAAAAUAACAAAUAAUGUUGUUGAUUAUAAAAAUGAUAUGGAAAAAGUUAUUAGUGAUUUACAACAACGCAAAUAUGAGCUUACAAAUGAACUUGUAAGGGAAAGAGAUUUUUUAAUUAAAGCACUAAAUGAUCAUUUAAAAAAGAAAAAUUCUUUAUAUUCCAAUGAUAGACUUUUAAGUUUGGUUGAUGAGUUUAAAAUUUAUAAGCCGUAUAUUGAUGAUAGAAUAGCUUACAUGACAGAAUGUAUAAAUGCUUUAGAUAACAAUCAAAUUCCAAAUAUUACAAAAGCAUUUGUCAGAUUUCAAAGUACAAAAGAUGGUAUUUAUGAACCAGCUUCUUUUCCCAAUAGCCAAGAUCUCCUUUAA